GAGGGGGGAGACCGAUCAAAUGGCAGAACGUAGGAAACGGUCUUCGAGCCAUACUGACAUAAGCCCCUCCAAGAAACAUAAGAUGAACACUUUGCCUGUCUCGCAGAUUCUGCCUCGAGAAACCGAACCACUUAGAAAAGUUCGUGUCUUUGUCAAUGAUCCUUAUGCCACCGAUGAUUCUUCAAGCGACGAAGAAUUUGAUUACCCUAAACCUCCAAAACCAAAGCGUCUUGUCCGUGAAAUCAACCUUUUUCCCCUUCAGCAGCCUCUGGUUCGUCGUAUCGAACUCUCCGAGAGUUCUUCCCAGGACAGUACCCAUGGCGUCAAAGUCCCCUCCACCAAAAACCCCAUCAAGAAAGCUCGUAGCUUUUCGAACAAACCUGUCGGGGUUAGGCAGAGGAAAUGGGGGAAAUGGGCUGCUGAGAUUAGACACCCCAUCACUAAGGCCAGGACAUGGUUGGGUACUUUUGGAACUCUUGAAGAAGCCGCUAAGGCUUAUGCUGAUAAGAAGGUUGAGUUUGAUGCUUUGGUCGUGUCUUCUGGAUCGGCCUCUGUCUCUGAGAACCGCUCAAAUGGCGUCAAACUUGCAGUCUCCUCGUCCGUGGGAUCUGAGAACAGCCAGUGUUCGCGUUCUUCUCCUGUUCUUGAGCUGGAUACCUCUGCUUCAGCCCCUGUCUCUACCGAUGGUUCUGAUCUCAGGAAAGACGGGAUGGUCUCGAACAUUGAUUUGGCAUCCGGUGAUUCGAUCAAAGAUCCAUUGUUCGACUUUAACUUUGCCGAUCUGCAGAUUCCAGACAUGGGUUUCUUCAUGGAGGAGCCUCUGGUUGCUGGCGCACAUGGCCAGGAGCUAGACUUUGAUUGUUUCCUCAUGGACGAUUCCGAACAGUUGCCCGAUGAUUUCUGCUUGCUCGAUCAGUUCAACGUCGGGUUUGAAGGCGGCGGCGGCCCGAGCGAGCUACCGGACUUUGACUUUGCAGACUGCGACUUUGAGCUCAGUGAUUCGAAGUACACCUUCUCCGACCAGCUUGCCCCCCUCAACAUCGCUUGCCCUUGAAAGUUUUGCAGCCAAUAGGAUUUUUAAAAUUUCAAGAAACAUGUUCUUGUGAGGUUUUGUAUUUGCAGAACACAUCAGUUUGGUGUGAUUCCGAGGAUGUCUUUUCUAGUUUGCUUGCUCUGUUUCUGAAGGAAGAGGGAUGAUGCCAGUGGAAAACAGAGUUGGUCUCAGACUUUAAUCCCCCCUUAGGGUUUUUUCAUGUGCUAUUAGAGCCUUCCCGAAGGGGGGUUUCACUCAAGAUCUUGUUUUGGUUCAUCCCCUUUUGUGUUCUGAAAAUUUUUAUGGUAAUCGAGGCGUUUAAUUUAUGUUUC